UUGGUAAAUGAAUAGGGAAUAUUUUGAUGUAUUUUUUUUUUGAAUUCACGUUUUUUUUAAAUAAAUUGAUGAAACGUGUUGUUACGUUUUCAGAGUGUUUUUGUUGUCAAAAAUGCCAUAUCGAAAGUGCUGUGUAAAAGGCUGUGGUAGGAACGAACGGAAGAACAAAGAAGCAAGUUUUUUUCGAUUUCCAAAAGUAAGACAGGAAGAACAAGAGUUAACUGAGUCCAGACUUUUUCGUUGGCGAAAAAGAGUUUAUAUUCCGGAUGCUGAAUUUAAUAAAAAUUUCCUUGUUUGUGACAAACACUUUGUCUUGGGUCGCCCAAGCUAUGAACGUGAUGUAAACAGCCCUGAUUGGGCACCUUGUUUGCUUCUGGAGAACACAUACGUAACCAAUUCUGCUUGUGAUAGGACUAGAAGAAGAGUAAAAUUUGUACCCACAUUUAAAGGAAGAAGGAGAAAUCAGACUAUGUCAACUAUUGAAAAUAAAGAUGUUGUCGAAGAGCCAAAUGUAGAAGACAUGGUAGCUGAUGGUGGUGACAAUAGCAUGAAUCCAAAUAUGUCAACCAAUGAAAAAGACAUGAAUUGUUCAGAAACAAAUACUACUUUAGUAGAACUUGUUACUUUUCCUGGUGAAAACAACAGUGAAUGUAACAUUACAUCUCAAUCAGAAGGUGUUUAUGAAAUUCAUGAUAACAUUAGACUUGUUCCAAACCUAGGUAGAGUAUUUUUCAAAUUAUUCAAAUUGAGUUUAAUUUCUUACUUUAUCUUUGCUGUAGAAAUCUCAUCACAUCAUUUUGAAGAGUCAAACUUACAACAACUGGACUUUGUUGAAUUAAAGAAAGUUAUCAUGGAGUUACAGAACAGAAAUUCGGAACUUGUUAGUAAAGUGAAAAUACUGAAUGCUAACAUAGUCGAAAAACAGAAAGAUUUAUACAGCCAUUGCAUUGAAGACGAAGAGUUAAUGGUUUACUAUACCCGCUUUACUCCCACAGCAUUUGAAUCAAUUUUUCAAGGAGUAAUGCCUCUAAAACAUAACAACAACUCAACUUUAGAUUACCGUAGUCAGUUUUUCUUAACAUUGACAAAACUAGCACAUAACUUUGGUUUCCUUGACUUGUCUGUUCGGCUUAACGUUUGUCGACAAACUGUAUCGAACUACUUUCAUAAAUGGGUAGGACUACACCACGAUCGUUUUUUCUCUAGAGCGGUUUUUUGGCCAUCUUCAGAAUCAUUGAAAAAAACUAUGCCAAUGUGCUUUAGGAUGGAUUUUUUAAACACAACUGCAAUAUGGGACUGUUUCGAGAUACAAAUAGAUACUCCUCAUACUCCUACUGACCAAGUGGCUUCUUUUUCCUCGUACAAACAAAGGACAACUGCGAAGUAUUUAAUAUCUGUCACUCCUCAAGGUUCUGUUAAUUUUGUUUCAGAUGGAUUUUGUUGGAGAGUGAGUGAUAAACAAGUUGAAAUUGAUAGUGGCAUUUUAAAUAACUUAAAACACGGUGACCUAAUUUUGGCAGACAAGGGUUUUCCUUUAGAAGAAGUAGUUGCAUCACGGGGCGCAAAAUUCAUGGUUCCUGCGUUCAUGAAAGAUAGGAUUCAUGUAGAAAGAGUCAUUGGUGUAACGAGAGGUAGAUUUAAAAUGUUGAAAGGUCCUAUUGACAGGAAUUUUCUGAAUUUAGUUAAUGAGUCAAUGAGUUUUGUCGGCAAAAUAGUAAAAGUAUGUUGUAUUCUUACUAACUUCUUACCAAGUGUGGUUCCCCUUGACUGA